GGACUACACCAUCACCAUGUAUUUCCAGCAGAGUUGGCGAGAUAAGCGUUUGGCCUAUUCUGCCCUCCCCCUGAAUCUCACACUGGAUAACAGAGUGGCCGACCAGCUUUGGCUCCCAGAUACAUAUUUCCUGAAUGACAAGAAAUCAUUUCUACACGGAGUCACGGUCAAGAAUCGAAUGAUAAGGUUGCACCCCGAUGGUACAGUACUGUACGGGUUAAGAAUUACAACAACAGCUGCCUGUAUGAUGGAUCUCCGCAGAUAUCCCCUGGACCAGCAGAACUGCACCCUGGAGAUAGAAAGCUAUGGUUACACAACGGACGACAUUGAAUUCUUCUGGCAGGGGGGUGAAGAAGUGGCCGUGACUGGGGUGUCUGCUUUGGAAUUGCCGCAGUUCACUAUUAUUGAAACCAGACUGGUUACUAAGAAAGUUGUAUUUACAACUGGUUCCUAUCCCCGUUUGUCACUGAGUUUUCGUAUUAAGAGGAACAUUGGAUAUAUUUCAUUCUUCAGACCUAUAUGCCAUCCAUCUUGAUUACCAUACUGUCUUGGGUAUCCUUCUGGAUCAACUACGAUGCUUCUGCAGCUAGGGUGGCGUUAGGAGUGACUACUGUACUGACAAUGACUACAAUUAAUACCCACCUGAGGGAAACCCUGCCAAAAAUUCCCUAUGUGAAAGCUAUUGAUGUGUACCUUAUGGGAUGCUUUGUGUUUGUUUUCUUGGCUCUGUUGGAAUAUGCUUUUGUAAAUUAUGUGUUCUUUGGCCGGGGCCCUCAGCAGCAGAAGAAAUUAAACGAGCGAACAAAUAAAUCGAUUAAUGAACGGCAACGCUAUGAAGAAAGGAGAAUAAGAGAACAGGUUGACCCGUAUGGAAACAUUCUUCUUAGCACCCUUGACAUGAGCAGUGAGUUGAUGUCAGCCGAGAUGGGAAGCAGUAUUGUGAUUCCCGGAACUCCGUCCUGUCAUACGACACCUCAGGGAUCCAGUUCCGCAAGCAGCUAACAUCUAGAGGGGACACUUUUGGCCAGACUCCCCUGGAGCGCCAUGUUCCUCUAGCAGCCACACGUGGACGUGCCAACUGCCGCCUCCGCGCGACGCUCUUCUAAGUUAAAGCUUAAGAUUCCAGACCUGACAGAUGUCAGCACCAUCGACAAAUGGUCCAGGAUCAUUUUCCCCAUCACAUUUGGAUUGUUUAACGCGGUUUACUGGUCGUACUAUGUCAAGUGA